AUGACGGACAGCGAACCGACUCCUGAAGAAACGGUGGAUACUAUUCCUCAUAGGGAUCCUGAUAUGAAUAGUGAUUCUGAGGCGUACGAUUUAUCUGACAGAGAUCAAGGUGAGAUAGAUGACGAGGUUGAAGAAAAGAAAUUAAACGAAGAUGACGUGAAGGAGGAAAUGGAAGAGGAAAGAGAAGAAAAAAGUCAAGAAGAAGCAAAAAAAGAAGAAUUGAAACAAGAUUACGGCAUAGGAUCGAAGCGCCCGUUAGAAGAUGACGAAAGCGAUAACAAGGAGCCUCAGAUAACUAAGGAAGAAGAGAGCCUUCUUCAAAAAAUGAACAAAGGAGACAAUGAGAGUGGAAAUGCAGACGUAAAUGAUAUUGAAAAUGGCGAAACAGAUGGAGUUCAAGAAGAACACGGAGAGGAAAGUAAAGCGGAAAACGAAGGAGAAGAAGAAGAAGAAGAAGAAGAAGAAGAGGACGACGACGACGAAGAAGAAGAAGACGAUGAUGACGAUGAAAAUGAUGAGACUGUUGGCAGAAGGAAGAAGAAGAGACGUACAGCAAAUCAGUUCGUUGAUAUAGAAGCUGAAGUCGACGAUGAAGAGGAAGAUGAAUUAGAUGAGGACAAUGAAGAGGCCGAAUUAUUAAGAGAGCAGUUUAUCUCAGAUGAUCGUAUUGAUAACGAAGAAGGAAAAGACGAUGAGCAUCAGGAUGAUCGACUCCACAGACAAUUCGAUCGCCGUCGUCAAGAAGCAGAAGACCAGGACGCAGAGAAAUUAGCAGAGACCUUAAAACAAAGAUAUAGAAGGACUCACGCAGUUUACCGAGGUGACACCGCCGCUAAUGAUGCAGUAUCACAAAAAUUGUUAAUGCCAUCGAUCAAUGAUCCCUCAAUUUAUGCGAUUAGAUGUACUCCAGGUAGAGAAAAGGAAUUAGUACGAAAGCUUUACGAGAAAAAAAGAACUUUAGCUAGACUGAAUAAUCCGCUUGACAUUUUGACAGUUUUUCAGAGGGAUGCAUUUAAAGGCUACAUUUAUAUCGAAGCUAAAAAACCUGAAGCUAUCGAUAGGGCUUUAGCUGGUAUGGUAAAUAUUUUUGCCAGAAACAGGAUUCUAGUACCAGUCCGCGAAUAUCCAGAUUUAUUAAAACAAGUUAAAUCAUCAGAUGUGGAAAUAGUUCCUGGUAUUUACAUUCGUAUUACUAGAGGAAAGUAUAAAAAUGACUUGGCAAUAGUCGAUAACUUAUCUGAAAAUGGAUUGGAUGUCCGUUGUAAAUUAGUUCCAAGGUUAGACUAUGGUAAAAACGACGACUUCACUAAAGAAGGAAGAAGAAUCAAGCUGAAAGUAAAGCCAAUUCCUAGGUUAUUUAGCGAACAAGAGGCAAGAAUGUACGAUGGAGAUUAUUUACAACCAGGAAGAGGACCUAGAAGCUAUAUUUAUCGUGGUGAGGAGUACAUUGACGGCUUUUUAUUCAAGGACUUUAAGCUUCAAUUUAUCCAAACCAAAGAUAUUCAUCCAACUUUGGAAGAACUUGAUAGGUUUCAAUCAGGAAAUAGUGAGGAAGAUGGAUUGGAUUUAGCUGCUAUUGCCGCCUCGUUGAAGAAUAAGAAUAUUAAUGAUACAAAUCAAUCAAAUAUCUUUCAACCUGGAGAUAAUGUUGAAAUCCGUCGCGGGGAACAGGCCAAAACUGUCGGUAAGGUCUUAGGUGCUUCAUUGAAUGAAGUCGUCAUUUUGGUCACCAAUAGUGGUGAUCCGAAGUUUGUGAAUCAACAAUUGACUGUUCCAGCAAGUGACUUAAGAAAAGUAUUCAGCACUGGUGACCAUGUUAAGAUUAUUGAAGGAAAACACUCAGAAGAGACAGGUUUAGUUAUGAAAAUAGAUGGCGAUUCAGUUGUUUUACUUUCAGAUCAGACCAAGGAAGAUGUCAGAGUGUUUGCAAAUUAUCUAAUAAAAGCAACAGAUGCUUCUCUGAAUAUUGAUAAUAUGAACAAUAAUUAUGAUAUCAAAGAUCUCGUUGAACUUAAUGCCUCAACAGUUGGUGUUAUCGUAAAAGCUGAGAAGGGGCUUUUCGAGAUUCUCACUUCGGAUGGUAGAACACUUUCGGUAAAGCCUUCUGGUAUCGCAUCAAAACUAGAGCUAAGCCGCAGAGAACAAAUUGCUACUGAUAAGAAUGGUUCAACGAUAAGGGUUGGCGAUACUGUCAAAGAGGUACUAGGAGAUAAGAAAAGAGAGGGAACAAUUAUUCAUAUUUUCAGAAGCACCUUGUUCAUUAAGCUGAAUGAAAUCAUCGAAAAUUUGGGAAUAUUUGCAACUAAUUGCAUGAAUGUAAGUACCAUAACAACUAAGGGCUCAAUGGUUUCCAAAAACUUAGGCCCUGAUUUGAACAAAAUGAACCCAAAUUUGAAGUUACCAAAUCCAAUUGCGGCAUCAGGUUUGAAGACCAGAAUUGGUGGUCGUGACAAAUUGAUUUAUAAGGAUGUCGUUAUCACUGGUGGUAAUCAUAAGGGACUUAUGGGAAAAGUCACUGAUGCAGAUGAAGUCUAUGCUAGAAUUGAACUUCAUACUAAAUCGAAAAAGAUUAAAGUGAACAAAAAUAAUCUUAGCGUUCUAGUACACGGAGAAUCCAUUCCUUAUUUGCGGUUUAUUGGGGCUCCCAUGUCACAACAAAGCCAGCAAAAAUUCUCUGCUCCUGCGUUCACCUCGGGUGGAAGGUCGAGUUGGAAUCAUAAUGGAGGUGUCACUCCUGCCGCUGGAAGCGGCUCUUCUGCUUGGGGAAGUAUGGGUGGAGCAUCUUCAUGGGGAGGAGGCAAAACUCCAGCCUACAGCUCAAAUGGGAAUGCAUCAACAUGGGGUGGUGCUGCUUCUUCUUGGAAUGGCGCGAAAACUCCUGGUAAUGCUUCUUCUUGGGGAGCUGGUUCAACUUGGGGUGGCAAUAACGGUGCUGGUUCCACAUGGGGCGACAAAGGUAACAAGAGCACAUGGGGAAAUAGCAGUACGUGGGGCUCUAAAUAG